AUGGCUGGUGGAGCAGACUUAACACACACUCCUACAACCAAAGUCACCAUGGAUCAUAAUUCAGUACUCAAUGGAGACAUUGAUGCAAGAACUUUACUGGUGGCUCCAAAAUCUGCUGAUGGAGAAUCCAAUCGAAGGCCUCGUGGCAGGCCAGUUGGAUCCAAGAACAAGCCCAAGCCACCAAUCGUGAUCACUAGGGACAGUGCCAACGCACUAAAAGCACACGCCAUGGAGGUAGCAUCAGGCUGUGAUGUGAAUGAAAGCUUACUAAACUUCGCGCACAGGAAACAAUGUGGCAUAUGCGUGCUUAGUGCGACAGGGUGUGUAACCAACGUCACCCUUCACCAGCCUUCCUCAUCGGGAUCAAUUGUAACACUCCAUGGAAGAUUCGAGAUUCUCUCAUUGCUUGGAUCAAUUCUGCCACCACCGGCUCCACCAGGAGUCACGGGCCUAACAAUCUACCUAACAGGGACUCAAGGGCAGGUUGUGGGGGGCAAUGUGGUAGGGGCACUAGUUGCAUCUGGCCCUGUAGUCAUAAUGGCUGCAACAUUUAUGAAUGCUACAUUCAAUCGAUUGCCUUUCGACGAAGAUGAAAUGGUUUCUUCGGCAAAUCAGAAUCAGCAUUAUCAAAAUAAUAGGCAGCAUCACCAUAUCGAUGUUUCAGAUGUAUACGGGAUUCCACAGAAUUUGCUUAUAAGUCGAACUUUGCCAUCUGAGGUGUAUUCGUGGGCACCAGGUCGGACUCUGUCGAAGUCUUAG